AUGCGUCGAGACAUCCCUAUGGUGUCGCCUCCAAACGGCCUCCCCACAAGGAGCGGCAUUCAGGGAAACCCGCCCUCUGGGGCGACGGUUUUGCAGCCGAUAGUAGAGGAACGCGUGCACGAAGUUGUUAAAGAGCGCGUUGAAAACCGCUACAUAGAAGUGCCUCAGGUGUAUUAUGUUGAAAAAGUCGUAGAAGUUCCUCAAGAAGUACCCGAAGAGAAAAUUGUGCGAGUUGUUAAACCCGUAAAAAAAGAAGUAAUUAAAUACGUUAAAAAACCCGUCUAUGUAGACAAAAUCGUACAAGUCCCAGAAAUCAAAUACGUCGACAAAAUUGUUGAAGUCCCGCGAUAUGCAAUUAAAGAGAAAAUAAUUGAAGUCCCGAAAGUGCUGGUGAUAGAGCGCAUCAUUCCUAUCCUGAGAAGCUAUAGGAAGGAGCAAGUGGUUUAUGUGGAGCCAGGCGCACAGAUACCCUUUGAGGGGCAGCAGCAAACUGCCGCGUACAAGCCCCAAAACCAAACAGAUCAACAAAAUACAUCAGAUCCCCCUAGACGAUAUCCCGACGUUGUGAAGCUUCCCCCCCUAUGGACUCAAGAUAGCCCCGCUACGAGUAUCUCUAAAACAAAUCCCGUUGAGGGGACCCCAGACGGCGCCCCUGGGGGCCCCCCAGGGGGGCCCCAAGGGGGUUCUCAAGGGGGGCCUCUUGGAGGGCCUCAAGGGGGUUCUCAAAGGAGUUCUGAGGGAGAUCUCUCUUUCGGAAGCUCGCACAGUAGCCCUCAGGUGGGCCCCCAGGAAACCCCCUUUGGGGGCCCUGUGGAGGCCCCCUUUGGGGGCCCUCUGGGGCCUCCCGCGCUUGGGGGCCCCCCUGAAAAGAGGUAUCAGCCGGGGGCCCGAGCAGAGGAGCACUUGAGGAGUCAAAGGACAGCACCCAACCUUCGUGUGGGCGUCUCAGAUGAUUAUGAUAGCAACGCUUUUCUGGCAUUGCGACAGUCAAGGAGUGGACCUGCUGCUGCUGCUGUUGCUGCUGCUGCUGCUGCUGCUCGGGGAGGCAGCACGAAUUCGCAUGCAGGAGAUGGGCCGGAGCUGCGUAAGACUCCUUCUGUUAACUAA